GAGGAAACAUAAGAAGAGGCUACGAUUGGCCUGUUGCGAUUGGUGCGUUCAUGUCUGCUGAUGACUCUGUGUUUUUCGUUGGACAUUCGUCGGACAUAAGUGUGUAUGGCCACUUGUUGUGUUAAUUUUCUUAUUUAAGUUAUUAUUCUCAGAAUAUUGAAGUUAAUAAAUCUCUUGGGAAAAAUGUCGCAACCCACUGCAGAUAUCGCAUUAAUUGGCUUAGCCGUUAUGGGUCAAAAUCUUAUUUUGAAUAUGAAUGAUCAUGACUUUGUCGUUUGCGCGUACAAUCGUACCACGGAAAAAGUACAAGAUUUCCUUGAAAAUGAAGCUAAAAACACAAAUGUCAUUGGUGCAUUUAGUUUGAAAGAAAUGAUUUUAAAUCUUAAGACUCCAAGGAAAGUAAUGUUAUUAGUUAAGGCUGGUUCAGCCGUAGAUGCAUUUAUCGAUCAACUCGUGCCUUUAUUAGCACCAGGAGAUAUUAUUAUCGAUGGUGGUAAUUCCGAAUAUCAAGAUACCGAGAGAAGAACGAAAGAUUUAGAAAAAAAAGGAAUACUUUUUGUUGGAAGCGGUGUAAGCGGAGGAGAAGAUGGAGCACGAUAUGGACCAUCCUUAAUGCCUGGGGGUAAUUCUAAGGCUUGGCCACAUAUUAAGCAAAUCUUCCAAUCAAUAUGCGCCAAAGCCGAUGGGGAACCUUGUUGCGAUUGGGUAGGAGAAAAUGGUGCAGGACAUUUUGUAAAAAUGGUACACAAUGGUAUAGAAUAUGGUGACAUGCAACUUAUUUCCGAAGCGUAUCAUAUUAUGAGAAAUGGUUUACAAUUGAAUCCAGAAGAAAUGAGCAAAGUUUUUGACGAAUGGAAUAAGGGAGAACUGGACUCGUUUCUUAUUGAAAUUACUAGAGAUAUUCUUAAAUACAAGGAUAAAAAGGGCUACUUGUUAGAACGUAUUAGAGAUGCAGCAGGACAGAAAGGAACCGGCAAGUGGACUGCUAUAGCUGCGUUAGAAUAUGGAAUUCCGGUUACAUUAAUCGGAGAAUCAGUUUUUGCAAGAUGUCUUUCUUCUCUAAAGGAUGAAAGAUUAGAAGCUAGUAAAGUGUUGGAUGGACCCCCCGAUACUUUGUACCAAGGUGAUAAAAAGCAGUUCCUAGAACAUUUGCGUAAAGCUUUAUAUGCAUCCAAAAUAAUAUCUUACGCGCAAGGUUUCAUGUUAUUAAGAGAAGCUGCCAAAGUUCACAAUUGGAAUUUAAAUUAUGGCGGUAUAGCGCUCAUGUGGAGAGGUGGAUGUAUUAUAAGAAGUAUAAAUAUUUGUUACAGUGCAUUUUUGAAAAACAUUAAGUUAGCUUUUGAUAAAAAUCCAAAACUUCAUAAUUUACUGUUGGACGACUUUUUUGCCAAAGCUAUGAAAGAAUGUCAAAAUAGCAUUAGAGUUGUCGUUUCUAAUGCCGUGGCUCUUGGUAUACCGACUCCUGCAUUAUCAACCGCAUUGGCAUUUUAUGAUGGCUAUAGAACUGCUCAACUGCCCGCAAAUUUACUUCAAGCUCAAAGAGAUUAUUUUGGAGCUCAUACAUAUGAAAUGAUUGGUCAAGAAGGUCAAUUUGUUCACACUAACUGGACGGGUCGCGGAGGAAAUGUUUCUGCUUCGACGUACGACGCUUGAUAUCCCUUAUUAUUGUUAUAUUAUUGUCUACACAAUUUUUUUAUAAUAAUUAUAAACUUUAUCUUUAUCUUUUCUAAAUAU